CCCCAGCUACGUACGUUCCAAGACUGGUACAAAAUAGGCAGCAAGUACGCUCGAGUGGCGGCUGGAGGGACCAUAUAUGUUUUGCUGCUGGUGGUGCUGCAGAGGGCAAGAUCCCAGCUGGGCAGCAACGAUACCACGCUAUCCACAGAUGUUGGGAACUUGUUGCGUUGGCCUCAAGGGGCCGCCAGUAAAGACGUCAAGAAGAUCCUACCCGUAGUGGAAACCCUAGCACGGUGCCAUCCCUUGAGCUUUGGCCAGCUCUUCCAGCUCUCAGCCCUGCAGGAAAUGGGCAUAUCGCCAGAAACCCCCUGCAGCAACGUGGCCGCCUCUGACCAUUUCUUCGAAGGCCUCACCUACAACUCUUUCGCCCUAGCGCCCAGGAAUCACGAAGUCUGGCAAACGUUGUGCCCCCUGCUGGGUUACGUAUGUAUUCCGGCAGCUAGUCCGCCUCUCUCUCAGAGAGAGGAAUCUCCUCUGACCCCGUUGCCUGAAACACCGUUACCUGAGCCUCUUUCUCCUGGCUCUGUACGCGUCGUUAACCUGUCCGUUCCCUACGCCCUGGACCUACUGGACAACUGUCGUUUCCCCGCCCCUAGAGAUAGGGCUGAAAAUGACGUUUGGACUGAGCAAGCUCGUAACGGCGCUUCGGCUGCAAUAAGCCCUGCUAACCUCAGCUUGCUUGAGCAUCAGCUCAGUAAGAUGUAUCAACACGGUCGUAGGACCUCAGCAAACACAUUUGUAAGGGUCCCUUUGCACGAGGUUGAGGACGUGCUCAUGCUCAGAGGUGAGAACGGGGACCUCAUAGCUGGCAUUUGCACCUCCAUGUCUCAGGACAUGAGGGAAAGCUUGGCCUCCCGCCUUAGCGCCAGUUUCGAAAGUGAUCCCUUGAUCCAUCGUACUACCUCCACAGACCCAGCGGACGUAACUUUCCAAACACUGCACUUUUCUUGGUACAACAGGCACUGUACUCAGGGUCAUACAGCGCCGCAAGACGUACCUCCGCGCAUGAUGAAACGCUCCGGUGGGCAACGCACUAAUCACUGGCAGAUGCUCCCGUACCCAUCUAAGGACAUGGUUGAGAACCAAGGGAUAUACAACAACAUCAAGUGUUUACUUGACGAAGUUUUCGCGUUUGUGGAUGCCAAGGUUCGAGCCAUGUUGCCUAACGAAUACCAUCACCUAGAAGCUACGGCUUCUACCCUUCCCGACAACAACACUUCUGCCGUGCACCCUUUCUUGGGCCUGGUCAUAAACCUCAACGUCGUCACCAACGCUCAC